AGGUGCAGGCGCUGUCUCAGAGCAGCAAGUUUGAGGCUGAGAUUCGAGAGGAAAAAGAAGAGCGAAUGAGACAACAGACAGAGAAGAAAGAACGACAAGCUGCCUUCAAGCAGCUGCAGUCUGCCUUCACUUCAUGACUCAGUCCUCACAUGACACAGACUAACAUUACAAAGUGCUUAACAUAACAUGCAACGCUCAGAAUUACACUGCUGUAAAACAAGAUGCUUAGAUUCAUACAGUUAAAAACAUUCCUAAUAAACCACAAGUCACAUGUUCCUUCA